UCUCCACCUCACUUCAGUAGUACACCAGCUCCACCUGCAGGGGGCGCUGCCAGUCUUCCCCUGUCAUAGUUACUUACCCACGAAGAAGAGCGCGGUGCCAUCUUCCGGUUAUCUUAACAGGCUGGUUACAAAACAACAGCUGAGCUGAGAAAAACACUCCGCAGUGACUGGACUCGGACUUGUGUUGCGUCUCAGCGAAUGGGGCUUGACAGGUUCUGCGGUCCGGACAGUUCCGACCCAUUCUGGGACUGGAACCGUACGUGGAAUACUUCUAAUCCAGACCUCACCCAGUGUUUCCAAAACACUGUCCUGGUGUGGGUGCCAUGCGUCUACCUCUGGAUUUGUGCCCCCAUCUACCUCGUCUACCUCUGCAGCCAUGACCGGGGCUACAUAUGUAUGAGUCACCUCAACAAAGCAAAAACCGCUGUGGGCUUUCUGCUGUGGAUUAUCUGCUGGUCAGAUGUGUUUUAUUCUUUCUGGGAAAGGAAUCAUGGUGCUGGUGUCACGGCAGCCGUACACCUCGUCAGUCCGACCUUACUGGGUUUCACUAUGCUGCUGGCCGCCCUGAUAAUCCAGUAUGAACGAAUGAAAGGGGUCCAGUCAUCUGGAGUUAUGCUGAUCUUCUGGUUGCUGGCACUGCUCUGUGCAACAGUCACCUUCAGGUCCAAGAUCCUGCAGGCCCUGGACCAGCCAGAAACGGUGUGUGUCUGGAGGUUCGCCUCCUUCUACAUCUACUACACUCUGCUGCUGGUUGCGCUCUUCCUGUCCUGUCUGACCGACAAGCCUCCUCUUUUCUCUCAGGCUGUCAAAGACUCGAAUCCCUGCCCUGAGCCUGGAGCCUCUUUCCUCUCCAGAAUUACAUUCUGGUGGAUCACCAGGAUGAUGGUUACUGGAUACAAGCGGCCGCUGGAGGAGAAGGACCUGUGGUCUUUAAACCCUGAUGACCGCUCCCACAGAGUAGUACCAGAGCUGGUGAGCCGCUGGAACACAGAGUGCCAGAAAGUCAAGAGGACAGAGCAGAAUACGGUGUACUCCCCCAAGCGGCCCCCCCGUGGUGAAAGCAAAGAGGCUCAAGCUGUGGAAGAGUCUGAAAUCCUGAUCAUUAAAUCUCCCAGAAAAACAAAAGAGCCCUCGCUGCUGCUGGCCCUGUGCCUGACCUUCGGGCCCUACUUCCUCAUCUCCUGCCUCUAUAAGAUCAUCCAGGACAUCCUCAUGUUCGUUGGGCCUGAGAUCCUCCGACUUCUUAUCCACUUUGUCAACGACUCCAGCGCCCCCUCCUGGCAGGGCUUCUUCUACACGGCUCUGCUCUUCAUAUGCACCUCUGUGCAGUCGCUGAUCCUGCAGAGGUACUUUCACGUCUGCUUUGUCUCUGGCAUGCGUCUACGCACCGCCGUCAUCGGAGCCGUCUACAGGAAGGCCUUGGUGAUCAGCAGCGCCGCACGGCGAACCUCCACAGUGGGAGAGAUUGUAAAUCUAAUGUCUGUGGACGCUCAGCGUUUCAUGGACCUCAUCACCUACAUCAACAUGAUUUGGUCUGCCCCUCUGCAGGUGGUGCUGGCCCUCUACUUCCUCUGGCAGAAUCUGGGUCCGUCUGUGCUGGCAGGAGUGGCCGUGAUGGUUCUGAUGGUCCCUGUUAAUGCUGUCAUUGCCAUGAAGACCAAAACCUACCAGGUGGCUCAGAUGAAGAGUAAGGACAGCCGCAUCAAGCUGAUGAACGAGAUGCUGAACGGCAUCAAAGUGCUGAAGCUCUACGCCUGGGAGUUGGCCUUCAAGGACAAGGUGUCGGAAAUCCGUGAGAGCGAGCUGCGCGUCUUGAAGAAAGCUGCCUACUUGGGUGCAGUGUCAACCUUCACCUGGGUCUGUGCCCCUUUCCUGGUCGCCCUGUCCACUUUCACUGUGUAUGUGCUGAUAGACGAACGGAACGUGUUGGAUGCUCAGAAGGCCUUCGUUUCGCUGGCUCUGUUCAACAUCCUGCGUUUCCCUCUGAACAUGCUGCCGAUGGUCAUCAGCAGCAUGGUGCAGGCCGGCGUGUCUCUGAAGCGCUUGAGAGUCUUUCUGUCUCAUGAGGAGCUGCAGGAGGACAGCGUGGACCACAAAGUAGAAGCAGGCUCUCCGUACAGUAUCUCUAUUGUGGACGGUGUCUUCAGCUGGUCCAGAACUGAAUCACCAACACUCAAGAGGCUGAACGUGUGCAUCCCAGAGGGCUCCCUGGUGGCCGUGGUGGGACACGUCGGCUCUGGGAAGUCUUCGCUGCUCUCUGCUCUCCUCGGAGAGAUGGACAAAGUGGAAGGAAGCGUUGCUGUCAAGGGUUCGGUGGCCUACGUUCCUCAGCAGGCCUGGAUCCAGAACUCCACUCUGAAAGACAACAUUGUGUUCGGCCAGGAAAGGAAGGAGGCCUGGUACCAGCGCGUGGUGGAGGCCUGUGCCCUUCAGCCUGACCUGCAGAUCCUCCCUGCUGGAGAUGAGACAGAGAUCGGAGAGAAGGGAGUAAAUCUUUCUGGAGGCCAGAAGCAGAGGGUGAGCCUUGCCCGGGCGGUCUACUGCGAUCGGUCAGUCUACCUGCUGGAUGAUCCUCUGUCCGCGGUCGAUGCUCAUGUGGGAAAACACAUCUUUGAUCAGGUCAUCGGCCCACAAGGUCUGCUGAAGGAGAAGACCCGUGUGUUGGUGACCCACGGGUUGAGCUACCUGCCCCAGACCCACCUGAUCCUGGUCAUGGUAGAGGGGGAGAUCACGGAGGUGGGCUCCUACCAGCAGCUCAUGGACAAAGAAGGAGCUUUCGCAGAGUUCCUGCGAACGUAUGCCACCGUGGAGCAGACUGACGGCAACGAAUCGGUCGUGACGAGUGGAAGUAGAGCUGUGGAGAACGGCAGCGUGACUCCUCUGCUCGGCAGUCCAGGUGCCGGCAGCCAAUCCAAACUGGACCAGAAGGAGCUGAGCAUAAAGGCCAAGAGCUCAGAGGCGGGGAAGCUGACCGAGGCCGACAAGGCCAGCACCGGGCGGGUCAAGCUGUCUGUCUUCUGGGCUUACCUGAAAGCCAUCGGGGUGCUUCUGUCCUGCACCAGUCUGCUGCUGUUCCUCACCCAUCACGUGGUUUCCAUGUUCUCCAACUACUGGCUGAGCCUGUGGACCGAUGACCCCGUGGUUAACGGCACCCAACCUAACAGACUGAUGAGGCUGGGGGUGUACGGAGGUCUCGGCCUGUCCCAAGGGGUGGCAGUCUUUGGUUACUCCCUCUCCGUGUCCAUUGGGGGCAUCCUGGCAUCCCGCUACCUCCACCAGUCCAUGCUGUACGACGUCCUGCGCUCACCAAUGUCUUUCUUUGAGCGAACUCCCAGCGGCAACCUGGUGAACCGCUUCGCCAAGGAGAUGGACACCAUCGAUUCAGUGUUACCCAGCAUCAUCAAGAUGUUCAUGGGCUCCAUGUUCAACGUGAUGGGUGCUUGUGUGAUCAUCCUGGUUGCGACACCGCUGGUAGCUAUCAUCAUCCCUGUGCUCGGCCUGCUCUACUUCCUGGUGCAGAGGUUUUAUGUGGCGUCCUCUCGGCAGCUGAAGCGUCUGGAGUCAGUCAGCCGUUCACCCAUCUACACCCACUUCAAUGAAACGCUGCUUGGCACCUCUGUCAUCCGAGCUUUUGGUGAGCAGGAGCGAUUCAUCCGUGAGAGCGACCAGCGGGUGGACCAUAACCAGAAGGCCUACUUCCCUGGCAUCAUUGCUAACAGGUGGCUUGCAGUCCGUCUGGAAUUUGUAGGAAAUUGCAUCGUGUCGUUUGCUGCUUUGUUUGCUGUCAUUGGCCGAGAAAACCUCAGCCCUGGUAUUAUGGGGUUAUCCAUCUCCUACGCCCUUCAGCUGACGGCCUCCUUGACGUGGCUGGUGAGGAUGUCCUCUGAUGUGGAGACCAACAUAGUGGCUGUGGAGAAAGUCAAAGAGUACAGCGACACAGAGAAAGAGGCAGAGUGGAAGCACGAGCCUCCCUGCGUCCCCUCAGGAUGGCCCACCAGCGGCUGUAUCGUCAUGAGAGGCUUCGGCCUGCGCUACCGCCACGACCUGGACCUGGCCAUCCGCAACAUUAGCAUCACGGUUAACGGAGGAGAGAAGGUCGGGAUUGUGGGGCGUACCGGUGCCGGGAAGUCGUCCCUAACCCUGGGACUGUUCCGUAUCAUCGAGGCAUCAGAAGGCCAAAUCCUCAUCGAUGGAGUGGACAUCUCCAAGCUGGGUCUUCAUGAGCUCCGCUCCAGAAUCACCAUCAUCCCACAGGACCCAGUGCUGUUCUCAGGCUCUCUGAGGAUGAACCUGGAUCCUUUUGACUCCUACUCUGACGAGGAAAUCUGGAGGGCUCUGGAGUUUUCCCAUCUGAAGAGCUUUGUUUCUGGCCUGCCCAACAAGCUCAGCCAUGAGUGCAGCGAAGGAGGAGAGAACCUGAGUGUGGGUCAGCGGCAGCUGCUGUGUCUGGCCAGAGCUCUGCUGAGGAAGACCAAAGUCCUGGUGCUGGAUGAGGCCACGGCUGCUGUAGACAUGGAGACGGACAACCUGAUCCAGUCCACCAUCCGCUCCCAGUUUGAGGACUGCACCGUCCUGACCAUAGCUCAUCGCCUCAACACCAUCAUGGACUACACCAGGGUCCUGGUGUUGGAGAAAGGCCAGAUGUCAGAGUUUGACUCACCCUCCAACCUCAUCGCUCAGAAGGGAGCUUUUUACGAAAUGGCCAAGGACGCCGGGCUGGUCUGAAGCCGGAGGAGUCAGUCUGGCAGCUCCUCAGGCUCCCUUCCACAGGACAGCAGGUGGAAGACGGAGAUGAAAGGGGCUUGUUGGGAAUUAGGGUUUAGCUCUGCACGCUUCACCCUAAAACCUCAUUUAACCCGGCGGUUUGAUUCUGCCUGAAACAAACGGCCGUGUUUCCUCUUGUUCAGCCCAAAACGUCUCUCGGUAUUCCCUGCUUCCCACACGGAGGCCGAUCCAGCAGAGGACCUGAAAUGUGUCCAGGAAGUCUGGGACUAGCUUGUGCCAAAUGCUGCCUUCACUAGCUUUACGCUGCAGGUUUAAACUGUCAGCCGUGGUUGGAGCGUGGAUACGGUCAGAUCAUCGUGUAGCCCUGGCCAUGCUUCAACACCAAAAACAGGCUGAAAUGUAGAAAAAUGUGAUUCAUUGUGUAUAUUAUGUCUUUUUUUCUCAUAGCAGUCGGUUUAAUCUGUAGCCGCCUUCAUUUUAACGUCAGAAAGCAGGGGAAGUGGUUCAAGUGUUUGAUUGACAGGGAUGCAGAAGAGGUGCAUCACAAACCACCAGUUAGACUGGUGGUUUGUACCAGCAUCACAACAAUAACACAACAAUCACGAAGCAAACGCACAAGCCUCCAGCAGACUGCUAGCCUACGCUGAGCUUUUUAUUUAUUGUGUGUGUGCGUGUGUGUGUGUGAAUUCCUGCAGGAUGAGGAUAAAGGGACAGGAU